AUGCAGAUUAUCACUGCUAUUCUCGCCAUUGCUGGCGCUGCUGCCGCCUUGCCGGGCGGAGGUCAAGGCGACAACUCCUACCCACCCAGCUAUGGCAAUGGCGACCCUAAUGCCUACAGCGGUCCAGUGUGUGUCACCAAGAGCACUUGCAACGCCGUGUACUUCACCACGACCAAGCAAAUGCCAUACAAAGACACGGUGACGGUCACGAAGACGGCGUACAAGCCCAAAGUGUUCACGACCUAUGUGCCAAAUGCUUACGUGACGACUAAAUACCUCCCCAGUGCAUACACUGUCACCAAGCACGUUCCGGUCGUAAAGACCGUCACAAUCCCAGAUCAUUCCACCAAGGUCAUCUGCAAGACUAUCACUAUCCCGUUCAACCGCACCUCGACUCAUGCCACCUACUCGGCUAGCAUGUGCCCGGAGACCACGCAAGUGCCCAAGACAGCCAUAAUCUCUUCGUACGUCCCCAAAGUAGUCACCAAGAAGUCUGCAUUCGCAUACAAGACUGUCAUCACCAACAACCGCUACUCCGCCUCUGUCUGCACCGAGAGCUCAAGCACCUGUUCCUACGCUACCUCGUGCUCCGCCCAAGCCUCCAGCUCGCACAAGAACGUCUACCCUGCAUCGGACCCACCGGUGUAUCAGCCUCCAUCGAAGCCCACCUACAAGGCUUGA